AUGGUUUGUGAGAAAUGUGAGAAGAAAUUGGGCCGUGUGAUCACACCGGACCCUUGGAAGUCUGGAGCCAGGAACACCGUGGAAUCCGGAGGAAGAAAAGUCGGUGAAAAUAAAGCCCUAACUGCAAAGAAAGGGCGAUUCAAUCCUUAUACUAGCAAAUUUCAAGAAUGCAGGAUCUGCAGAACGAAAGUACACCAAGUUGGCUCACAUUACUGCCAAGCCUGCGCCUACAAGAAAGGAAUAUGUGCUAUGUGCGGCAAAAAAAUAUUAGACACCAAAAACUAUAGACAAAGUUCUACAUAG